CUUGGGUCAUUUAUCAAAAUUUGCAUAUUCACCAUAUAUAUGACAUGCAAAAAUCAUCCAUUUACCUAAGUAUUGUAAUUCGGAAAUGUUUAGAAUAACUACCUGUGCAUUAUACGGUUUUGACGCACACCUUCCAGCCAAUCAGAGUCGAGUAUUCAGACAGACCAUGGUACAAUGUAAGUGAUAGUUGCGUUCAUGAAGAUAAUUAUUGCGGUGUGUCUACAUUUGUCUGGCUGACGCUUAAAGAAGAGUGUCCCAACAUGCAUAUGUAAUGUGUCACUUGGGGUGGUGACACAAAUCUGUUCCACAUGACGUUCAUGAUGAUUAUCAUCUAUAAGCCAUUUCAUUCUCCAGCAGUGCCUCUGGGAAGACAAGUGAUAAAGGUAAUUUAGGUCACUCAGUAUUUAUUUUUGAGUGAAAUAAAAACUGGGUUUUACAGGAGAUUAGUGAAACACAAUAUGAACAUAAAACAUAUUAAACCACACUGUGAGACCUAAAGAACAGUUUCUGUUGUGCAAUACCAACACCAACACCUCUCCUUCAAGGCACCCGUGGGCACAAAGCAAAUAUGAGCUCAUCACUUUUUAAAUGCACUUUCCAACAACGCUCUGUGUCGAACCCCAUCUUUCUGAAUAUCUGACGAGAUUUGAAUAUCUUGUUACCACAGAAACAAUGUGCAUUUGUAAGGAGUGGCUUGGCGUGACAGCAAUCUUAUACUCACACACCCCAAUUUGUCCUCUCACACUCACACACACACUACUCCCAAAAACUUGUUUUACGACUGUAACAAUCUUUCCACAAAAUCAAGGUCCAGCCCUGGUCAUCCCAGUCCCCUGACUUGAAGUCCAUAGAAAACCUGUGGGGUGAACUGAAGAGGAGAGUCCACCAGCGUGGACCUCGAAAUUUGAAGGAUCUGGAGAGAUUCUGUAUGGAGGAAUGGUCUCAGAUCCCUUGCCAUGUAUUCUCCAACCUCAUCAGGCAUUAUAGCAGAAGACUCAGAGCUGUUAUCUUGGCAAAGGGAGCUAGCACAAAGUAUUGACUAAAAGUGUGCCAAUUAUUGUUGCACAUCUAUGUGUGCAAUAUGCAGUAUAUACUUUACUGUAUUACUCUAUAACAUGCUGUACUAUACUAUGUUAUACUAUACUGUGCCAUUGUAUAAUAUGGUAUAACAUACCAUAUCAUGCACUGUGCUAUAGAAUAGUAUGCUAUCAUACACAAUGAUGUACUAUGCAAUACUAUACUAUGAAUAUAUUACUAUAUAUUGGAAUGCAAUGCCAUACUAUGCUGUGUUAUGCUGUGCUACUGUAUGUUAUGCUGUGCUAUACUACACAGCACUACAUUAGACUAUGCCACACUUUACAAUGAUGCACUGCUAUACUAUGAUGUGUAUUAUAGUGCUCUAUUCUACUAUACUAUACAUUGCUAUAAUGUUAAGCAAUAAAAUGCUAUGUUAUGGUAUACUAUACUAUGCUAUAUUAAUAUAUACUGAAAUGGUAUAUUAUGCUAUUGUAUUGUAUUCUAUACUAUAACAUGCUAUGGUCUGCUAUAUUACUAUAUGCUGGGAUACUAUGCUAUACUAUAGUUUAUAGUAUAUACUAUUAUAUUUUGGUGUCAUAUGCAGAAUAUAAAUUUUAUAUACGUAUAUUUUUAUCUACAAUUAUUUUCUGCAGUCUGAGGACUAUAUAUUUUUUUUAAACUGAUUAUAUGAUCAUCAAGCACAGUUAAAACAUAUUGAAAUCUGUUUAUCAUGUGUGUUAAAGAAUAACAUUUUCCUAUACUCCCAGAUUGUUAGCAUUCCUGGUAACCUGGCAACAUUUCAGAAGGACAACAUGUACCUCCUAGUGAUGACAUUCUUUAAACUCUUUUUCAGGGUGGUGUUACAAUGCACUUUGGGCUGUACCAUAGGCACAUUAGGAAACAUCCAUAAUCAUGAGGCAUGCUGUGUGACGCUUGGACACAAUUCAAAACAAAACAGUGCGCUGACAGACUCGUAUGGUAGUGUAAUGAGAGGAUUCAUAAGAUAAAGGCACAAGUUAAAUUCAGAAACACAGAUGACCAAAACAAAGUUGUUGCUGAUCAGCAUAGGCAUUGGAGGACAUUUAAGUGAGAAGACGCUGUUUUUUGCAAACACAGGAAUGAGCGCUGCCAAAGUCAUGCCAGUGGACCUGGCCAUGCAUAUGUGCCUGAAUCGCCACCCUUCAGUGGAACAACUUUUGGGAAUGUCCACGCUUAGAUCCCAUCGUGCUAUUACUAGACCAAGCAUAUAUGAUACUCUGCGGUCCAAAGCUUCUAGAUCCCCCCAGAUUCCUGAAUCUCCGGUGAGCCCCGUAAAUUCUAUGAGCACUUUUGGGACACUCAAGAAGAAAAAAAGAGUGGUAUUCGCAGAUGAUAAAGGACUGGCCCUCACUGCAGUCUGGAUCUUCAAUUCAGAUCCACCAAUAUCCGAUGAAGAGGAGCUUUCUUCACCUGUCAAGCAAGAGACUGAUUUGUCUGUGCAAAGCAAGAAGCCUCGUUUCCGGUUGGGGUUCCCUCAGCCUUCUGCUGAUUUACCAUCAUUCCUCGAAAAACUGGCAAAAACUCUGGUGCAUCUGGAGAGCUGCAGUUUGGUGUAUGGAUCACUGUUCGGAAAGGUGAGGGUCUGCAAUAUCAGUCCAGAGAAAGCUGUGCAUAUUCGCAUCACGUACGACUCAUGGAGGAGCCACCACGACAUCCCAUGUACCCCUAUCCAACAGAACAAUGAGAAUUCAGACACAGAACUGUUUUUCUUUAAUGUUCCCGUCCCUUCCUGUCCUAACACACAGGAUCGUCUGGAAUUCUGCGUGUCCUUCCGUCCUGGAUCUGGCAACACACUCUGGUGGGACAGCAAUGAUGGACAAAACUAUCGAAUCCUUGUGGAGGACGUGAACUCAGAAGAAGCAUCCGUGGUCGAGAAAAAACCCUUGAGGCCCCAGAUCUUUCAAAGUAUCCAAUCAGUGCGCCUGAGAAAUGGUCCACCUUUAUAUAGGUCAGCAAGUCUUAGCUCACUCAUUUCCCCCAUGAAUAUGAUGAAAACCUCAAGUAGGCAAUGGAACAUUAUCCCCAAAAGUAAUUCACCCUCUUAUUCUAACAGUGCUGACAAAUACUUCUAGCAUGAGUGGUGGGUUUUGUGUAUAUUGGUCCCUUAUCAUUUUCAUCGUCCUCCAUGUUGGAUGAAUUUUGUCUUAAACAGACAUCAAGAAGGAGCAAAAAGACUGACAGACACCCAUGCUUGUGCUAGUUCUCUCCACUCCAACUCGCCCAUUUGAGUCAGUGACAAGUCAGUGGUGAAAGAGUGAGACAGAUGUGUCUCUCUAGAGCUUUGUGUACCUGUAUAUCAGAUGAGUAUCUGUUAUGUAAACAAGCAUCAGCACUUUCUCAUCAAGGUCAGCCAAUUUCAAGCUGUGAGGGUCUUUCACUGCUUGUGAGAUAGUUGUACUAAGACAGAUAAUUAAUGAAGCUGCAUGUGUGAAAUGCAUGUAAUAUAAUUGUUUCAAUGUUUUUAAUCUAUAUUUAUUUAUGACAAAUCAAUAUUAAAGGCACAAAUAAACAUGUAUUUAUGUUUGCAUGAAGCAAACUAUACUACAUACUAUGUUGCUAUACUAUGUUAUUCAAUACUACACUAUGCUAUGAUAUUUUAUACAAUGCUAUGCUAUGUGAUUCAAUAAUAUACACUCUGUGGCCAAAAGUUUGUGGACAUAUAGUGUACUAUGCUAUUCUAUACUAUGAUAAUACCAUGGUAAUAUGAAUUCUAUACUAUACUUUUUCAUACUGCAAACAUAGAAAAAAGAAGGUCAUGAUUUCUUCAGCUAUCCUUUUGGGGAAAAGCUAAAGGUUCAAUGUAGAAAACCCAAACAUUAGUGUUUUCUUAUUAGAAAGGUUUCCAGAAUAGAACGCUUUUAAGAAGCUAAGGACCCUUAACUGGACAAAGUACUGCUCAAAUAACCCUUGAAGAUCUAUUUUUCUAAGAUUGUACUACAUGGAAUCGAUUGUAGUUUACAUUUUACAGCAUGCAAUACACAAGUAUAAUAAAUAGACACAUAAUUCUACCUACUGCAUCUAUAUUUUUUUAUUUUUAAAAUAUAUUCUAAAUAACGAUACAUACAGGAUUCCCUUUGAUCAUUUAAUCUACACUGCUUUUCAUGCUGCUGCAGUCUGAGGACAAUAUUUUUUUAAACUGACUACAUUGUCACCAAGUACAGUUAAACCAUAAUUUAAUCUUUUUACGAUGUGUUAAAUAAUAAAAUAUAGCUUUAUCGGCA